UGUUCUCACAGAUAUCUGAAGCUGAACAUGCUGGCUAGAAAUGACUCCUUAGUGACUGAGUUUAUUCUUGCUGGAUUAACAGAGCGUCGAGAGCUCCAGCAACCCCUCUUUUACUUGUUUCUAAUGAUCUACAUUGUCACCAUGGUGGGCAACCUCAGCUUGAUCAUUCUUAUUGGUCUAAAUGCUCACCUCCACACCCCCAUGUACUAUUUCCUCUUCAACCUUUCCUUCAUUGAUCUCUGUUACUCUUCUGUUUUCACGCCCAAGAUGCUCAUGAGCUUUGUAUCCAGGAGGAAUAUCAUCUCCUACGUCGGGUGCAUGACUCAGCUGUUUUUCUUUCUGUUUUUCGUCAUCUCCGAAUGCUAUAUGUUGACCUCAAUGGCCUAUGAUCGCUAUGUGGCCAUCUGUAACCCGCUGCUGUAUAAGGUCACCAUGUCCCAUCAGGUCUGUUCAGUGCUCGCUUUGGCUGCAUAUGUGAUGGGACUUGCUGGAGCCUCUGCCCACACAGGGUGCAUGCUUAGACUAACCUUCUGCAGUGUGAACGUCAUCAACCAUUACUUGUGUGACAUCCUCCCACUGCUCCAACUCUCUUGCACCAGCACUUAUGUCAAUGAGGUCGUAGUUCUCAUUGUCGUGGGUGUUAAUAUCACCGUGCCGAGUUUCACCAUUCUGAUUUCUUACAUCUUCAUCAUCGCUAGCAUUCUUCAUAUCAAAUCUGCUCAAGGAAGAUCGAAAGCCUUCAGUACUUGUAGCUCCCACAUUAUUGCUCUUUCACUGUUUUUUGGUUCAGCAGCAUUCAUGUAUCUUAAAUAUUCUUCUCCUGGAUCUAUGGAGCAGGGAAAGGUUUCUUCUGUUUUCUAUACUAACGUGGUGCCCAUGCUCAAUCCUUUGAUUUACAGUUUGAGGAAUAAGGAUAUCAAAGUUACACUGAAAAAUUUCCUGUUCAAAAUUCGGUGGAGAAGCAUGUUCUAA